AUGGCAAACUUAAAAAUCGAAACGCUUCCCGAUCCGGGGAAUCGUUAUAAGCUCGGUGAGCUCAUCGGUAGUGGCGUGUGUGCCAAGGUGUACCGGGCUACCGAUACGCAGGCCAGCAACAAGAAUGUGGCGAUCAAGGUGCAAAAAUUCGAGGGUGACAUGAAAACGACCAUCCAGGAAGAGUUUCGCAUAUUGCGCGAUCACUCCAAGCAUGCUAACCUGAUCGACUUUUACGGUGUUUAUCGCAAGAAGUGCCCGGCGGGGGAGUGUGACGAGAUUUGGUUCGUGCUGGAGUACUGCGACUAUGGUCCAGCUGUGGAUGUGGUCCGGAAGUUGUUCGUGAGCAAUCGUCGCGCUAGCGAGAUGCAGCUGGCGUACAUUUUGCGCGAAGUGUCGAAGGCACUGAUUUAUCUGCACGAGCACCAUAUCGUGCACCGAGAUGUCCGUGGUAGCAACAUUCUGCUGUCGAAGGACGGGGAGGUGAAGCUGUGCGACUAUGGAUUGGCACGCGACACGAAGACUACGCUCGGCAAGCGGGGUACUUGCAUCGGUUCGCCAUGCUGGAUGGCACCGGAAGUCGUCACCAGCUCCAAGAGUGACAAGGAUGUGUAUGACAAUCGGUCGGACGUGUGGGCAUUGGGUAUUACCGCGAUUGAGCUGGGUGAUGGAAAGCCACCGUUCGCAGACAUGCACGCGACCAGGGCCAUGUUCCAAAUCGUACGCAACCCUCCACCAACACUCUAUCGCCAGUCUACUUGGACCCAGGAGUAUAACGACUUCAUUGCCGAAUGUCUCGAGAAGAAUCCGGAUCAUCGGCCGUUCAUUAUGGAAAUUAUCGAACACCCUUUUCUGACCCAAGUGCCUGAAAAUGACUACCACUUGAGCCAAGAAAUGAAAAUGCUGGCCGAAUCGGUGCUUAAUGUACAGCUUCCGAAAAAGGAGGAAGUUGCGGUGGUCCGUGGCUUGCUGAAAUCGGCGGAAAAUCGACCAGAAAAGCUGCAGGUCGAGGAUCUCGCGGCACUGGAACAUCUGUCCGAGGAGACGAUACUGGAGGAGGUGUCCCAGCGUUACAAAGCCGGUAACACGUACACGUUUGUGGGCGAUGUGCUGAUUUCGCUCAAUCCUAACGAAAACAUUCCGGAGCACGUGCGUGGGUUUCACUCGAAGUACAUGUUUAAAUCACGCUCCGAUAAUGCCCCACACAUCUUCGCGAUCGCGGACAGUGCGUACCAGGACAUGCUGCACCACGAUGAACCGCAGCAUAUAAUUCUGGCCGGUGAGAGCUACUCGGGAAAAACGACGAACUUGAAGCUACUGAUGAAGCAUCUCGGUGUGCUCGGUGAGGGAAACCCGGGUGUGUACGAGCGUAUUGUGAACGGAUAUAAGGCACUGAGCACCCUUACGAAUGCCGGCACUCCGUUGAAUCCGAAUUCUACGCGCAGUAUCCUGCAGGUGCAGCUCACGUACGGUUCAACUGGAAAACUAUCGGGUGCUAUCUUCUGGGUGUAUCUUCUGGAGAAGCUUCGCAUUUCUUCGACUAACAUGAAUCAGUCCAAUUUCCACAUCUUCUACUACUUCUACGACACGAUGGAUGCCGAGGAGCGCUUGUUGGACUUUUCGCUGGAGGGUGGUCGCAACUAUCGCUAUCUGCGUAUAUCCGAGGCCAUGAGCUCGGAUAAGCUAAAGUACUGCCGUGACGAUAUCGCCGGCAACGUGAAAGCGUUCAAGGAGUUCGAAGAACAACUUCUAGCGCUGGAACUCUCGCAGGACAUUCUCGAGACGAUCUACCGAACGCUGGCCGCCAUUUUGCUGCUCGGUGAGGUACGCUUCAAGGAAACGGAUGGUGUUACUGAGCUGGAGGACUUCGAGGUGAUCACCAAGAUAGCGGCACUGCUGCAGCUGGACGAGAAAAAGUUCCAGUGGGCUCUGCUGAACUACUGCGUGAUUGUGCGCGGAUCUGCUGAACGUCGGCGCCAUACGGCCGAUGAGGCACGGGAUGCACGGGAUGUCUUAGCAGCUACGAUCUACUCCCGGCUGGUGGACUGGAUAACGAACACGAUUAAUCAGAAGCUUUCGUUCGGUAGAGCCAUCUACGGCGACAAACAUUCCGUCACCAUAACGGACCAUUUUGGAUUUGAGUGCUUCCAUCGGAACCACAUCGACCAGCUGGUGGUGAAUUCCCUCAACGAGCAGAUGCAGUAUUUGUACAAUCAGCGCAUCUUUGUGUUUGAAAUGAUUGAAAUGGAAGAGGAACAAGUUCCAGUGACUGCACUUCACUACUAUGACAACAAGCUGGCCGUCGAUCAUAUUCUAACCAAACCGAAGGGCGUGUUUAGCUUCAUCGACGACGCUAGCCGUGGACGCCACGGGCAGAACUACAUCAUCGAUUCGAUCCACACGAACAAAAGUCCCUUCAUCAAGCGUACCAGUGGGCACGAGUUUACUGUCGCACACUACACCGGCCGAAUCACGUACGAUGCGCGCGGCAUGCCCGAUAAGAACCGUGACUUCAUACCACCGGAAAUGGUGGAAACCUUACGCGCAUCCGGUGAACCGAUCAUCAAGAUCAUGUUCUCCAACCAGCUGUCACGCACCGGCAAUCUGACGAUGGCUGCCGAGGAGGCGCUGGGCGUCCCGUCGGACAAACCGAACAAGAAGAAACGCUGGGGCGCGGCACUGGUGGCGGAGAAAAACAAGGCGAAAAAGAUGAACACACUCUCCAAGGGCAUGUACUCGCAGGUCCACAAAAUGCGCACCAUUGCCGGGGUGUUCCGGGCGACCAGUCUCGAGCUGUUUAAAACGCUCUCGAUCGGUCCGAACAGUGGUGGCACCCAUUUCGUACGCUGCAUACGCGCGGAUCUCGAGUACAAACCGAAGGGAUUUGCACCGGAAAUGGUACGCCAGCAGUUGCGUGCGAUGGCCGUGCUGGAUACGGCACGGGCACGGCAGAAAGGCUUUUCGCAUCGCAUCCCCUUCCAGGAGUUCUUGCGGCGCUAUCAGUUUCUGGCGUUUGAUUUCGACGAGAACGUGGAGAUGACGCGUGACAACUGCCGUCUGUUGUUGAUUCGCUUGAAGCUGGAGGGUUGGGUCAUUGGCAAGACGAAGGUGUUCCUCAAGUACUACAACGUGGAGUACAUGCAGCGGCUGUACGAGACGCAGGUUAAAAAGAUUGUCAAAAUUCAAUCGAUGAUGCGUGCGUUCCUUGCGAAGCGUUCCGUCGCGACCAAGCUGAAGCAGAUCCACCGUGAAUCAAUUCGCAAGAAGCAAACGAGUAGCCAGGACAAUCAGGAUGAAGCGGCGCUGAAAAUUCAGUCCGCAUAUCGGGGCCAUAUGGCCCGGAAGAAGUAUCGGCCGUUGAUAAAUGAUCGUACGGGCAAGCUGGAUGCUGAAACGGCCGAGUUUAUGAAACCGUUCGCUUAUCGUUGGAGAAAGAAGUCCAUGUACCAGGUGUUGCUGCAGUACCGUGCCGCGCGCUACCAGGAUCUAGUGAAUAUGUCCCAACAGGUCCACAUCUACAAUCAACGGCUUGUGGCGGGAUUCGCUACCAACAGCAACUGCAUCAUGCUGGACAAGAUCGAUCCGAACCAGCGUAAUCCGGCGCUGCUCGGCACCCAGCGUACGCCGGUGUGGAAGUUACGGUUCCGCUUUGACGAUAUUCCCUUCUUCGACACCACGUACAUGUGCGAUCCAUCGGCUGCAUCCUACAUCUACACCGGUAACGAUUCCGACACCGAGGAUUGGGAUGCACCGUUGCGGCGCAGGAAAAAUCUUUCGUCGGAAAUUACCCAUGCCGCUCAGAAAGGAGUGCGGGCGAACGGCUACGGUGAGGUCGGUGAGCAUUCGCUCGCCAACGAGCCGUUCCAUCGGGAUCCCAGCUUACCGAUCAAACGCCUUUCUCCACAUCGUGUGGUGGAACCGUACAACGUGGUUAAUCGACCCCGUUCACCGAUUCAACCUUCGGUCCAGAUGUCCUCGGUAUAUUCGCCUAUUCCGUACGCCCGGCAGAGUGUGGACGAUAUUCGCAACAAGUUCAGCGGUACUAGCUUCGAUGAUGCGGGUUCCGUUACCAGCAAGACGGCCGUCUACAAGAAGCGGCAGGCACCGAAAGUUCCUGUGCCCGAACCGGAAGUCAUACCCGAGUUCCCAGCGAAAGGAGUGAAGAAACGGCCUGCACCGCAACCCCAAGUCCGACCGAUCACACCAACCAAAAUCAAUCCGAUCAAGGAGAUGGAGCUGAUCGGCAAGAAAAACACCGAUGAGAAUGACAACUCGGACGACGAACCACCGUUCAACUUCCAGGGUAUGCUGCGAAAGACCAACUACAACCGGGCCUCGAUGAAGCGCAACGCGGAGGGCCUUUCAAUGACCGCGACCAGCAUCGACUUUGAUGACGCGAACAAUAACAGCAACGGUAACAGCUACUACCCCACUGCCAAUGCGGACGCCAAGCGCCGGGACUCCACCAACGUGGUCUACCAGAGCAAACCGACCGAACGGCCGAAAUCGUGCCAGGGGCCGGAGAAUGGUAACAGUAGCAACGGUACCUCGCCCAACCUUCGCAAGCUCUCGCUCUCGCAGGACUCGUUCAUGAACGACCAAAAGGCGGGACCAUCGCGAAGUCGUUCCACCACGCCGCAGGACGAAAACCAAAACAGCCUGACCGGUGGCUUCAUUAGCGAAGAGAUCGUACCGGGCAUUAUUGUUGAGGGAUAUGUGGAAGAGUUCUAAGUCCCUGUACCGUGGGGAUAUAUAUUUAUAUAUAUAUAUAUAUAAAGCUAGUGUGCAAACGUUCGAAUAGCGCACCAUUACUCGCAAUUGUUCUCGUUUAUCUGUUGCAGGUUUUGCACCCCACCCAUUCUAUAAGUCCUAAAUAAAGAAUAUCCCACAAGAA